AUGGUAACAGAGACUCUCAGGUGUACUGUUUGUCGCCUGAAUUACCUGUCUACCAGUCAGACUGUCCUGGACCAGCUCGACUUGCCCCAUAGAAGACUGUUUCGUCUGAUCUUGACACAGAAGUAUGCGUGUGACGUUCGUGUCAUACGCAUGCUGAGGGAGCGGACGCUGGGCAACAGCCCCACCAGACUGGUGAAACAGCUGAGGGAGAACCAUGGGGAGGAGUGGCUUGACCGCUUGGCGCACUAUAUGGAGGAGUGUGCUGGUUUUGUCAACCGCCCCAGCCUCUUACCUGUCGUGUGCCAGAAGCCUCCGGAGCCCAUCGACGUCCCUACUAGCAAGUGGCUGCUUUCAGUUUACGGGAGGGACAUUGUCAGCUGUAUGGAUCAUGUCAAGGCUUGCAUUACUUCCACGUUUGGGACCAUUUUAAAAAUGGACUCUACAAAACAGAUCACAAGAAAGUUGGCAGGCACAGCCAGGGGAACAGCACAGUGGCUGACUUCUGUUGGUAAUGAGACAGGCCAAAUUCUUAUCAGUGUCCUGACCGCUCAGGAAGGUGCGGCACUAGACACCAUGGUCUCCGGCUUGAUUAACAGGUACAGCCAGGCUGCCGUGGCUCCACCAGUGCUGCUGUACGUGGACUCUGGCUGCUGUGUAGAGAAGGGGCAGAGCAAGCUACAGGCCAGAUUUGGAGGAUGGCCUGACCUCAAUAUCAGGCUGGACAUCUGGCACUUCAUGCGUCGGCUGGCAGUGGGCUGCACCACUGAUGCUCAUCCUCUCUACCCAAUCUUCAUGUCACGUCUCUCAGCAUGUAUUUUGGAGUGGGACCCACAUGAUGUUGCUUUGUUGCGGCGGGCAAAGAGAGAGCACCUGCAGCAGGAAGGUUUGUCUGUCAUCACCAAUGACCUCGUGAACCGGCGGAUUACCAAGAAAGAGCUGGCGCUCUAUUGCCGUCGUAGGACACGUGGGGUGGAGUCCACAACCCGCCACAUUGACAGGCUUCUGCAGGAACUCAAGGGGGAGAAGGGGAGAGAUCUGAUGGGGGUUCCUCUGCUGGACACAGUGAGGAUGGAGCACAUCUGGCGUGUUCAGAUGAGGCAUUUUAAGUGCAUACAGGAUUCGCCUGGUGUGUCUCUCUUCACAGAGACGGGCACCACCACCACCAAGGGAGGGAUAGUUCUCACCAAGUACAGGUGUGCUAGGGGCUCGACCUCCCUUGAGUCUUUCCACUGCCAUCUGAACAGGAUCAUUCCAGGAACCAGUGCUAACACACUGAAUUUUCAGUUGUAUCUCCUGGAAGGCCUGAACAGAUGGAACCAAGACCGGAGAGCAGCGUCAAUCACAGAGAAACCCUCCCCUUUUCUCACCUACUCAGGGCAGGUGGUGCAAAGCAUUAACACUAACAGCCUAAACGUUUUUGGAGAGAAGCUUGUGCCCACCUUCCAACCUCCUACAGAGUACACUGGGGAACUACUUGGAGUGGACUAUCUUCUACGCCAGACCGGGCAGCCACUUCAGUCAGUGGAUGCUGACUCUGAGCAGACAGACCAGCUGCUGGAGGAAGUGAAUGUAGAUGAGCAGGAUGAGGGAUUUGAGGAGGAUGUCAAUGAGGACCCUACGCUGAGUUUCCUCUCAGAAGAUGAAGCUGACUGGAACCCACCCACAGUUCAGACUGCUGCUGCCUUCCAACCUGCAGCUGACUCAUCGCAUCCUGCCUUCUCCCAGUCUGCAGCUGCUGGAUCAUCCCAGCAUGAAUUCUCACAGUCCGCUGCUGCUGGCUCAUCCCAGCCUGACUUCUCCCAGUCCGCCGCUGCUGGCUCAUCCCAGCCUGAAUUCUCACAGUCUGCCGCUGCUGGCUCAUCCCAGCCUGACUUCUCCCAGUCUGCCAUUGCUGGCUCAUCCGAGCCUGUCUUGUCCCAGUCCGCCGCUGUUGGCUCAUCCCAGCCUGACUUCUCCCAGUCCACCGCUGCUGGCUCAUCCCAGCCUGACUUCUCCCAGUCCGCCGCUGCUGGCUCAUCCCAGCCUGACUUCUUCCAGUCUGCCGUUGCUGGCUCAUUCCAGCCUGACUUCUCCCAGUCCGCUGCUGCUGGCUCAUCGCAGCCUGACUUCUCCCAGUCUGCCACUGCUUCAUCCCAGCCAACUACAUCCACAGUCCUGUAUGCACAAGGUUCCCCCUCUCAGGACCCUGAGGAGCUUUUGGCUGUGGAUGAGCAAAACAUUCCAGGAAUGGACCGGGUGGACAGACUGGCUGAGUAUUUGGUAGAGCUGAGGACAAGCACAUGGUUAACCCUCAGCAGACAGCAGGUUGAUGACAAUUGUGUGCCUUUGGCAGAGCCUGCUUGACUAUGACAAGCAACGGGUGAAGUUUGCUGCUAGACACCAGGACAGGCUGACCACAGGGAGUUUCAGGUCUCCA